GCAGCAGCCAAAUGUAACACUGUGGUUGUAGGAGAAAAAGAGAAUAUGCAGCAUCAUGCGUGAACAAAAAUAAAUUCUGAACAGGUUGUGCUAGGAGAGAAUUAACACAGAGAAACUGACAAACAUUCACACUUACAUUCACAGCUACAGGCAGUUUAGAGUCAACAAUUAACCUGCAUGACUUUGGAUUGUGGGAGGAAGCCAAAGAAUUGUUUUUAUAUAUCUUUUUAUAAAUAUUUUGUAUCUAUUUGAGGUCAUUUUAUGUCUUUUCUGGAUGUCUUUGUAGUCAUUUGUGAGUCUUUGUGGUUGUUUCAAGUCUCUCUUUAGUUGUUUUGUUUUUCUUUGUGGUCAUUUUGCACUUUUGUAGUUGAUCCGUCCCCUCAAGUGACCUUGAAGGUGAUGGCAAAGGUGGGCACACUUAUGUCUUUUUUUUCAUGGAUAAUAAUGAUUUACACGGUGCGAGUAAAUGUGUCUUCUUAAGCCUUCACAUCACCGUGGGAACAUUUAGUCUUUUGACGACCUCUGAAGCCACAGCAGCAAAAUGAAAUUUGACAGCAUACUGUCAGAAAUUAAUGGAUUUGGAAAAUUCCAAAUCAAGCUAGUCCUGAUUCAGAUCCUCUCUCGAGUUACUUUGCCAUGUCACUUCCUGCUCAAUAACUUCAUGGCAGCUGUUCCUUCUCACCACUGUAACAUCGUCGAUCUGGAUGAUGGCGCCGUCUUCAGGAAUUUAACUCGAGAACAGAAACUGGCUGUCUUUGUUCCAGCAGAGCAGGACGGGACUCCGAGCUCCUGCCAGAUGUUUGCAAAGCCCCAAUACCAACAUCUGUCAGGCUCAAACACGAGUGAGGACGCAUUUACUGUUCAGUGUGAGAACGGAUGGGUGUACGACAACAGCACAUUUAAAUCCACUUUGGCAACAGAGUGGGAUCUAGUGUGCAGCAGAAAAGGGAUGAACAAGGCAACAGCCACUAUUUUCUUCAUUGGCGUUAUGAUUGGGUCCCCUUUAUUUGGGUUUCUCAGUGACAGGUUUGGUCGACGGCCACUGCUGUUGGUGUCUUAUUUGUCGUCUCUGGUGUUUGCAGUCCUCAGUGCGUUCUCCACGUCGUAUGUGAUGUUCGUCAUCAUGAGGUUUUUUACGGGGUUGUCACUCGCAGGAAUAAGUAUCAUCUCUAUUGUUCUGAAUGUCGAGUGGUUCAGCGUUGAACACAGGACCUUUUCUGGUGUAAUCAUAAGCCUGGAUUGGACACUUGGAAACUGGCUUCUGGCUGGAAUUUCAUACGGUGUAACUGAGUGGAGGAUGCUUAUUCUGGCAGUGAGCUCACCCUUGAUACUGGCUAUCAUUGCUUGGAAGUGGCUUCCAGAGUCUGCGAGGUGGCUCAUGGCAAAAGGAAAGGCAGACACUGCUCAUCAUUACAUCAUGCAAUGUGCCAAGACGAACAACAGAACCACGAGUAUGGCCACCAUCACACCAACGAAAUUACUGGAAUCGUUAGAAGAAGAAACAGAAGAUACGAAGUACAGUAUUUUGGAUCUGUUCAAGACCCCAAAUAUUAGAAAAAUUUCUAUAUGCUCAGGAAUAGUGUGGUAUGGAGUUGCAUUUACAUAUUAUGGGAUAAGUCUGAAUAUCACUGGGUUUGGACUAAACCCAUACCUCACACAAUUCAUAUUUGCAUUCAUCGAAAUGCCGAUGAAGAUCGGCGUUUACUUCUUCCUGGAGAAAAUUGGUAGACGGUCCGGUCAGGCAGGAGCCUUGCUGUUAACUGGUCUCUGUCUCUUCAUCAACAUGUUUGUUACAACAGACAAGUGGAUCAUUCGUACGGUUGUGGCCGUCCUUGGAAAAUCCAUGUCAGAAGCCGCAUUCACAAUCAUGUACCUCUACACAACAGAGUUUUAUCCGACAGUCGUACGACAGAACGGUGUAGGUUACACCGCUUUUAUUGCGCGUCUGGGCGUGUCCAUAUCUCCACUCAUCAUGCUAUUGGAGGACGUGUGGCAUCUCCUCCCUGUAGUCACUUACUGUGCGGUGGCAGUCGUAUCCGGUUUAGUGGCUCUACUCCUGCCUGAAACAUUAAACGCCACACUGCCAGAGUUCAUCGAGGACAUUGAGAAACCAAGGGGGCAGUCAACAAGGAACAAGGAGAUUCAAUGAUAAUCGCACUCAUUGAUAAUGACAGUGAUAUCUGGCCCAUCCCCAGUAUAUUUGCUAUGCAAUUUAUUAAGUUUAAAUUGUUGGAGUUAUUUGAUUUUAAGUACUGUUUUUGUUGAUCUUUUGUAUCUCUCCGUCCUGCAAUGGAGAGAGAGGGGCCGUCCAUUGCUUUUUUUUUUUGGUCCAAAAAGGUUUUGUGUAGCGAAUGAUCUGGGUAUUUCAGGAUGGCCUCGAACAUCUUGACAGUGCAUCUCUCCACCACCUCCUCCAGUGUGUCCAACCUGGCUCCAACCACACAACCAGCUUUU